AUGAAAAGCAGCACAACAUUAAAAGGAGUUACGAACACAUUCUAAUAGAUAGUGUUGUCAGCCAAACAAAAAGAAGAGAAUGAACGUAGACACAUGAGCAUUUUGGAGAAGGCAGCAACACUUUGGCAAAGAGAUAGUUCGCACACUAAAACAAUACAAUUACAAAGGACUAUUUACAUUUUGAAACAAUACUCCCAAAAUAGAACGGACGAAUAACUGGAAGCAGUCAAAACCUACUUCGAGGAGAACUUCCCCUAUUACAGUAAAUUCAAAGAGAAGUUGGAUCACGAAAGUUGCAAAUCCCUAUUCAGAGAAAUGACUCUAGAAUGGUAUGAUAGCACCAAAAUCAUAUUCAGACAUGGUGAUCCUGGGAGAAGAAUGUAUUUUGUCCUCCAAGGCGAAUUGGUAAUCUUAAUCCCAAAAACCAAAAACACUUCCGAAAAUCCCCCUCAAAAGAAACAAAAAUUCAAGUAUAACUCAUUCUAUAGUAGUUCUUUUGAAGAAUGGGUCAAAUAUGUUUUUGUCGAUUACGCCUAGGUUGCAACCAAAAUAGAGGGCGAUCAAUUUGGAGAAAUAGCAAUUGAACAGAAAGUUACUAGAACAGCCACUGUUGCUGCUAAAACUGAAGUCAUUCUAGCCGUCAUCACAUAUGAUCUCUAUCAAAGAAUACUUGGAGCAUUCUAACAUGAAUUAACAAAUCAGAAAAUAGCCUUUAUUUCUAAAAUACCUAUCUUUAGUGUGUGGCAACGCUAGAAUCAAUUGGUUCUAUUGCAAAGUCUUGAAGUUUAAAACAAAAAAGUUGGACAAUUUGUUUUUUAAAAAGGCAAACCUGAUGAAUACAUUUAUCUAGUAAUCAAUGGGGAAAUUGAAGUUGUCUAAUGGUCAACUCCUAAUGGAGAUUAAGUGUCUAAUCAUCACAACUUCGUCCCUAAACCCACUAUUAUGGCCAUAAUCAAUUCUGGCUAGUUUUUUGGAGACUACGAACACUUCAAGCAACUCAACUACAGAAUUACUACUGCAAAGGCCAAAACUGAUUCUACUUACUACAGGAUCAAAUAUAGAUAACUAUUAGAUUAUUUUCAACUUUAUUCCUCUAUUGACGAUUUCCUUAAAUAUGAAAAUGUGAAAUUCUAGAUCCAGAGUCAUCUUGGAUAGAGAACCAACCAGAAUCCAGAUUUGACUGAAAGAACAGGAGACGACACCUAUCAAUUUGAUCUAGAUUAAAUCAAAUCAUCCUAUUAUAAGAAAAUUAAAGUUGAAUAAUAAAUUGACAAAUUGAGAAAGAAAAUGGAAAAAACAGUUGAAUAAGCACAGAAGGCUAUUUAUUAUCAUGAAAUAGAAAACCUUAAGUAGAGCAUUGAAAAUAUUGAGUCUAUCCAAGCGGAUAAGUACUCUUUCUUAGUUCCUUUCAGAAGUGAUCCAUAUGUAAAUGAAAUGAAUCUCAUCAGGUCAGAGACCAGGAAUCAACGAAACAGACUACAACAGUAAUCUGAAAGUGAUCUGAGAAGCAAGGACUUGCAAUUUAGUCUCAGAUCCAGCAUUAAGACUCAAGGACAAACUAGAUCUUAAAGUCAAUCCAACUUAAAUUCCUUAUCCUAUGCUAAGAUCAUGUAGAGCAAACUCAAAAAACUUUCGAUUAAUGUCUAACCCACCAUUGAAAUCAAUAAGCCUUAGUUUACUUAAUCUAAAACUACCAAACCUGAACAUCAUCCUACGAAUGUUGAGAACAUUCACAAUGUCAAAAUGGAUUUUACUCCUAUAUCUAACUCAUAAUUAUUCACCAAAAAAAAACAUUAAGGAAGUGUAUAUAAGUUCUAAAUUAAAUCAUCAUACUGA